AUGUCCACCACCGACACCCCCCAAACCCCCACCGCCAUGCCCGCCGCCCCCCCACCCUCAUCACCAACCCCCCAGCGCCCCGCCCGCCCGCGCAAAAACACAACCUUCGAACAACUCGACCGCCCCGGCUCCGUGCGCAUCAACGUCCGCGGCGCCUUCAUCGACUCCGAAGAGCCACUGACGCCUCCGCGCACCGGCUCGCCCCCGCGCGGGCCCGUCACAAAGGACAUCCGGCUGCCGCACCACAAAGCCGACGUCUCGCACAUCGCGGUCGACAUCGGCGGGUCGCUGGCGAAGCUCGUGUACUUCUCGCGCGAGCCGAACGGCGAGGGCGGGAAGCUGAGCUUCAAGAACUUUGAGACGGAGCGCAUUGAGGAGCUGGUGGCGUACAUGGGGGGGCUGGUGAACGGGAAGCGGGGUGCGAAGGAGGGGGAGGAGGGGGAUAAGGGGGAGGAUGUGCUGUAUGUGAUGGCGACGGGCGGCGGUGCGUUUAAGUUCUAUGACGAGAUUAAGGAGGCGCUCGGGGUCGAGAUAUACAGAGAGGACGAGAUGGAAUGCCUCAUCAUCGGGCUGGACUUCUUCAUCACCGAGAUCCCCGAAGAGGUGUUCACCUACAGCGAAGCCAACCCCAUGGCCUUCGCCGCGCCGCGCCCCGACAUCUACCCCUACCUCCUCGUCAACAUCGGGUCCGGCGUCUCCAUGAUCAAGGUCUCGGGGCCGCAGCAGUACACACGCAUCGGCGGGUCGUCGCUCGGCGGCGGCACGCUGUGGGGGCUGCUGUCGCUGCUGACGCAGGCAAAGAGCUUCGACGAGAUGCUGGGCAUGGCCGAGUGCGGCGACAACACCAAGGUCGACAUGCUGGUGGGCGACAUCUACGGCGGCGGGUACGGCAAGGUGGGGCUGAAGAGUAACACCAUUGCGAGCAGCUUCGGGAAGGUGUUUAAGAAGAAGCGGGAGGGGGAGCAGGCGGCGGCCGAGGGAGAGGCGGAGGGCGCAGACGGGGAGGGCGCGGAGAAGGAGAAGGGCGGGCCGAGGUUCAGGGAGGAGGAUAUUAGCCGUAGUCUGCUGUACGCGGUGAGUAACAAUAUUGGGCAGAUUGCGUAUCUGCAGGCGCAGAACCAUGGGCUGGAGCAUAUAUACUUUGGGGGCAGCUUCAUCCGCGGACACCGCCAAACGAUGAACACCCUCUCAUACGCCAUCAAGUUCUGGUCACAGGGCGAGCAGAAGGCAUACUUCCUGCGCCACGAGGGAUACCUCGGCGCGGUCGGCGCGUUCCUCAGGAGGCAGCCGAGGAACUGGGGGAGGAGGUAUAGCGCGGGGGAGGAGCAUGGCGGGAGGAGGGUCUUUACGCCGGCGAAGGAGUAG